AUGAGCGAGAACAGCCAUGUCCCAUGGCCGGCUGCAGACGGCUACGAGCAGCAUUCCUCAGCCUGCAGCAAUGGGGACGAGCCGCCAGCGGAGCCAGAUGGGGACCAGCGCCUGGCAAACGGUGCAGAGCAGGAUGGCGGCACAGGCAGCCCCAGCAGUGCGGGUCCGGAGCGGCGGGGCUCCUCUGGGCAGGAGGACCCUGGUGAGACCCUCAGCAAGGAGCGGUGGCACAGCUUCCUGGGCUCCUCAGGAGCCCUGAGUGUUGAUGAGCCAGAGGAGGAGCUUGGGUUUGCUUCUGGAGAUGCCAAGCUGAGCUGCAGUGAGGAUGACAAGGACCAUUUUCAAUUCAAAGACAUCAGGGAUGGGUUCAGCUCAACGUUUGAGAAGAUUGUUGAGUCUGACCUCAUGAAGGGUACAUACUACAGCAGCUUGGACUCUUUGGAUGUCCUCUCUCUCACAGAUGAGACAGACAGCUGUGUCAGUUUUGAGGCCCCACUCACCCCACUGAUCCAGCAAAGAGUCAAGGACAGCCCAGAGCUCUUAGAGCAGAAAUUGGUAGCCCAGCAGAGAGAAGCCCUUCACCACACAGCUGCUGAUAAGCAAGAGCAGGCAGCAGCAAAGCCAAUGGAGGGGGAUUUUGGGAGCCCUCUCAGGCACUCAAUCACCAGCAGCAGGUCGGAGAACGUGCUAAGCCGGUUGUCCUUGAAGAGCAUCCCGAAUGGGUUCCAUGUGGAAGGAUCAGAGGAAGAUGCCACCAAGAUCAUUAACUCCAUCAGUGACGCCAGCUUGAAAGAUGCACUUUCAGACUCUGACUCCGACUUGGGCAGCACAGAGCAGCUUGACCAGGGCAGCACAGACACCUUGGCCAAUGGCUGCAGGGCAGAUAGCGAGGCUGCCAAGAGGCUGGCCAAGCGCCUUUACAACCUCGAAGGGUUCAAGCGCUGCGAUGUGGCGCGCCAGCUCGGGAAGAA